AUGAACAGAGAAGCAUGGAGAUACCAAGGUGCUUUUGCUAAUAGAUAUAAAGGUGCUCUUCCUGGUUUCGGCACAGCAUGUGUAUUAUUCGUAGCUUAUUGUGCUUACGAAAAGAUAUUUUUGAAGAAGGAUCAUCAUGAUGAACAUCAUUAA